GCCGGAAGCGGCUGCGGCGGGGCCGAAUUCGGCGGCGCCACGUCUGGUGGGUGCGGGCAGGUUCGCAGCGGGGCCCCGGGCCGCGGCGGCGGCUGCCGAGCGCGGCAACAUGUCGGACCUGGGGGACUGGUUCCGGAGCAUCCCGCUGAUCACCCGCUACUGGUUCGCCGGCUCUAUCGCGGUGCCGCUCAUCGGCAAGCUGGGCCUCGUUAGCCCCGUCUAUCUCUUCCUCUGGCCCGACGCCUUCAUCAACCGCUUCCAGAUCUGGCGUCCAAUAACUGCAACUUUCUUCUUCCCAGUGGGACCUGGAACAGGAUUUCUCUAUUUGGUGAAUUUGUACUUCUUGUAUCAAUAUUCGUCACGGUUAGAAACAGGUGCUUUUGAUGGAAGACCAGCAGAUUACAUGUUCAUGCUCCUAUUUAAUUGGAUCUGCAUUGUUAUAACUGGCUUGGCAAUGGACAUGCAGUUGCUGAUGAUCCCUCUCAUCAUGUCUGUGCUUUAUGUUUGGGCCCAGCUGAACAGAGACAUGAUUGUAUCAUUUUGGUUUGGAACAAGAUUUAAGGCCUGCUACCUUCCAUGGGUUAUUCUGGGAUUCAACUACAUCAUUGGUGGAUCGGUCAUCAAUGAGCUGAUAGGAAAUCUGGUUGGACACCUGUAUUUCUUCUUAAUGUUUAAAUAUCCGAUGGAUUUAGGAGGAAGGAAUUUUCUGUCCACACCUCAGUUCUUGUACCGCUGGUUGCCCAAUAGAAGAGGAGGAGUGUCAGGGUUUGGCGUCCCGCCUGCGAGCAUGAGAAGAGCUGCCGAGGAUCAACAAGGUGGUGGAAGACACAACUGGGGACAAGGUUUCCGGCUAGGUGACCAGUGAAGAACUCCUGCCCUUGAAAGACAGCAAUUCUUUGGUUUUAAUAGCACGUAGGACCAUUCCUGCCUGGUACAGAGCGUGCUUAAGAAUGAGCUCUUUGUAGUAUUGCUGGAUUUAACUGAUUAGAAAGAAUUUUUCUGGCACACAACAAAAUUAAAAACUCCAGAAGGGAAAAAUGUAGAUCUUGCUCCAAGUUAGCAAGUAGUAUUCAAUUUGAUUCUGCCAUUAAAAAAGCCUUCUUUGUACAGUAUUGUCUGUCUGUAACAACGGGCAUCCAUUCUGGCAUCUUGUUCUGUGAUGUGAUGGAACAAGCUAAUGGUGUUCUGUCUCGCCUGGUGUGUUCAAAGUUUUGUUGGCUGUGGUAAUGUAAGAAUCCAGUGUGUGGCAGAGGUAUCAAAUUAACCCUUAUGAUUAGGAAGCUGAUUUUUCCUGUAGCUGUGCUUCAGUUCCAGAGUCAUUGGAAACAUUAUUUAAGUGAUAUAUCUAUGCUGCAUUCAUAAAGCAAAGUGCAAGUGUUCCAUUUCCAUUAUUAAACUGUGUUUUGAGAGCAGUUUUUUCUUUCCACACAGCAUUUGUCCUAUCUGCUGCAACGUGGGAUGGGCAAAAUUAAGAAUGAGGGCUUUCGUUUGAAAUUGCAGUAACAAAUACAGAAUUGAAAUCUCUGAAUUCUUCAUGUCAUGUGUAUGGCUUGCUCUAUUUAAACUGAGGUUGCCUGGCAUAUUUUUUUUUGUUUUAUUUUGGUUUUUUUUGCCUGAGAUCUGUGAAUUCUUGGCUUCAGGGUUUCUGUUUUGAUUGCAAAAUUGGAUAGCACAAGUACUACUUUACAACUACAAAACGUAACAUAUCAUUGUAGUUAAUGUGAAGAGUGCUGACUGCAGAAUUGUUUGUUAAUUGAAUCUGCAACUUUCUCUUAAAAGCUUUAAGACAUCAAAGAAUCAAAAAUGGAAAUAAAUUUUUCCACAUCCAAGAUACAAUAGAACAGAUUGCUUUACUAAAGGAUUCUUUUCACUGUUGAGUAGAAGACUACAUAAACUAUCUAUUACUAUCUCCAUUUUUUUGGUUAAAACUUUUGGAUGUGGAGAAGGGAAUGAUUCUGUACAGUAUUUUCCAAAUACUGGGUUCUUGUGGGCAGAGCAUGGGGCUAGGAACCAGGAAGCUGUAAUGUUAGCUAGUUACUGACUCACCAUUUGAACUUGAGCAAACUUUUUGCAUAUCUCAAUUUUUCUGGAUGUAAGGAGGACUCAUGCAUGUCUCAUAGCAUUUGAAAAUGUAGCUGUCCCUCAGCUUCCCUAGGUGGGAGCUGCUAAUGAGAGAGGUAAGGCCUGAGCUCAUGCAAAUGACAGCACUUAAGGUAGGAGUGCAGUUGCUCUAGGCUUAACUGAGACUUCUAGUUGGAGUAUAGUUGCCCCUUUUCUCCCUUUGUAGCUGGAGGAAACAAGAAGAGCACUACUAGCGUGAGAUUCAGAUCUUAGACUGAAUUUUCCAGCAUUUGUCUGUCGUCUUACUGGGUAGUUAGACCACACAGGGCAGUCUUGCCCCAGCAUAUGUGUCUUGGGCAUCUAUAACGAAGUGAAGUGAAUUUGGGGCAAAAAGUCUUUUUACUACUGUUUUUCCUUCACUAAAGCUGGGUUCUGAAGAUUUAAAAACUUAUAAAUACUACUUACCACUUAAUGUGAAACUUUGAAAUUAAGCAGUCAGCCUGGAAGUUUUCACAUGUCUUAUCUGAAAAAGAUGCAUGCUCCAUUUCCUUAUUGCAACUCAAUUUUUUGAUCUGGCUUAUGGACCGAUGUAGAAAACCGGUAAUGAUCAUAUUGUGUGUUUAGAUUUUACAGGAACAUGGAGUUCAGAAAUCACCUGCCAUUUUUGUCCAUUCAGUAGUAAGUUUUAAAGGUGAUCUUGUCCCUCUCUAACAUGAUAGGAGGAAAAUGGGACUGCAAUGUUGUAAAUAUUAAUCUGCUGUUGACUAACUUGAUGCUAACUUGAAAAGUUCCAGAACUGUCAUUUUUAUAGGAGUCAUAAUGCAGCUGCUCAUCUUUUAGUCGUGGCAAUAUCACUGUCUCCAAAGCAUUUGUCUUUAUUUUGGAUCAGGACCUAACUUAAGUGAAGAUGCAGUAGUUUGUGACUCAAUCUAAACUGCCAGCACACUCAAAUUGCAGAACAUCUUUGCACAGCAGAAGGCCAGCGUGGAGGCAUGAGGGGGACAAAGCAUGGUAGAUGUCAUUGUACUGGCCUUCUGCACUGUGUUGGGUCUUACUUUGUAAUGUAUCCUCCUUCUAUAAACCAAGAGGAAAGGGUUUGCAAGGGAAAUAGGCUUCUGAUAAGUCUUGAUUUGCUUUCAAAGAUCUUCAGUUUAUUUUGGUUUAUGGAAGAUUCACUUUAGAAUUUCAUAUAACAAGUUCAGUUUGUGCGUUUCUCGUUUGCCAUUUAACCUGAAGCACUACUUGUGUGUCCUUCAGCAAACACUGACAAUGGCAGUCUCUUGUUAAAUGAGUACCUCCUUUCUUAUUUUGUACAGAUAACUUCCCUUUUGUAAUCAGUUUUUUGUUGGCAAAGUUUUAAAUUAAAGUUUUAAUCACUG